AUGGCCCGUCGGUUUCCUCGUGGGCAGAAUCUUACCCUCGGGUUGAGUGUCUUCCUCUUUAUCUUCAUGUUUCUGCCUACCUUUGUUAUUCUGCUAGCCGUCAUCGUAUUCUUUGGGCUGGUGUAUCCGCGAUUACGCAAGUCGUACAGCCUUGCCCCCGAAGGAGAGCUGGAGUCUCGGCAGUCGGAAACCAAAGAUUGA